AAGAAAAAUAUCAGCAUAAAAUGGUGUUAUAUUGUUUUGUGGAAGGCUGCGUAUCGAGAAAAUAUAAAAAAGGGGAAAUAAAUGACUCCAGCCUGCAGUUUCACGGAUUUCCAAGCUGUCCAGCAAUACGUACAAAGUGGGUCGAGGCUUUUCAUAAUUUAAACAGUCAAGAAAUUGCUUCAUGCUUGCCAAAAACCAGCAGAAUCUGCAAGUUGCAUUUUUCCUCUGACUGCUUUGAGCAAUUCGGAUUCUCUUCCAUUCGUUUGAAACCAAAUUCUGUACCGAGUAUAUUUCCACGUGCUCGCAAACAAAGUGCUAAAUUCUCAAAGCUUGUCUUGGAAGCAUCGACGAAUAUUAUCGAUAAGCAAGUAGAAGCAUCAAUCAAAGAGAUUGAUUUAGCCAAAUUAUUUGAUGAUGAGGUGCAAAUGGAAAAUUUGUCAGAAGAAGUUCAAGAUGUUUCUCCCAUUCACAAUGAUCAUGAUGAAAUGAUGAAUUUCAAAAAGGAUAAUGUCAUCAAAGGCAUAAUCCAAACUCCAAAGAAGUUACUUCGCUAUCCUGGUGAUAUUAACGACAAUAUUUUACAAAAUAUUACGCCAAGGACAAGUAUACGCAUAAUAAAAAUGCUGAAGAAAGAGUGUCAGAAAAAGGAUAAAAUCAUCAAACGUUGCCGAACUCAACAAAAUCGCCAGAAGAAAAAAAUUGAACAUUUGACAGAAUUAUUAUUUAAAGUGAGAAAAAAAUGUUUACUUUAAAAUUUUUGUGAUAUUAUGCAGGUAAGCAUGUCGUUGAAAAAGUACCAUUACGAAUGGACAUUUUUACAUGAGUUUUUAAGUUUUUUCAAUUGGUCAAUUUUCCAUUCGCAAUGGAAAUUUUUGCUAAGGGAAAAGUCAGGAAAAAAAUACAGUGAAUUUCUCACGAGAUGAAUUUAGGUUUUUCCGAUUGCGGUUGUAUGGUUGUUAAAUUUCAAACAUACAAGAUUGAUUGAGAACUUCAAUAUUUUAGAAUCGUAGGUGGAAUUACAUUAUACUGACGUUAACUUAUUGAUUAUAAUGACAAAAUUAUGCAUUAUUUCGAUUGCUAUUGUAAACUAUAAUUUCAUAUCAAUGUAUCGUAGAUUUUCAUACAUAAGUAACUAUAUAUAGAGUGUAAUAGAAAAAUAAGUCUCCCAAUUCAUAGUACAUUUUGUAUUUUCGAUGUAAUAGUAUUGUGGAGGUGAAAUCAUCCAAUAAAUAUAUAUUUUUGUAAAUUA